AUGGAAGUCUUCUCUGAUGAGGAUGCUAUCAACCAGCGUUCUUAUGUCGGUGAAAUGAACGCCUCGAGUGGUAAGUGUCAACAGUUUUUUACCAUUUCUUUCUUCUUUUAUUUUUCCGUUUCGUUACCAUUUCUUUAUUCUUUGACUUUUCAGAUCCUUACCAUUUAUUUUUUUUUUAAUUUUCCAUUUCUUUACCUUUCCUUCCUUCUAUUAUUUUUCAGUUCUUUACCAUUUCUUUCUUUUCUUUUUCAGUUCUUUACCAUUUCUUUCUUUUCUUUUUCAGUUCUUUGCCAUUUCUCUAUUUUUAUUUUCAGACGCAUUACCCCUUCUUUUAUUUUUCGGUUCUUUGCGAUAUCUUUCUUCUCUUUAUUUUUCAGUUCUUUACCAUUCUCUCUUCUUUUAUUUUUCAGUUCUUUACCAUUCUUUCUUCUUUUAUUUUUCAGUUCUUUACCAUUCUUUCUUCUUUUAUUUUUCAGUUCUUUACCAUUCUCUCUUGUUCAUUUUUCAGUUUUUUUAUCAUUUUUUUUCUCCUAUUAUUUUUGGGUUCUUCACUAUUUCUUUCAUCUUUUAUUUUUCAAUUCUUUACAAUUUCUUUCUUUUAUUUUUCGUUUUUUAUCAUUUCUUCUUCUAUUACCUUUUUCUUUACUAUUUAUUUCUUGUGUUUUCCGCUUCUUUCAUCUUUUAUUUUCCGGUUAUUCACUAUUUCUAUCAUCUAUUUUCCGUUUCUUUACCAUUUCUUUAUUCUUUGACUUUUCACAUCUUUACCAUUUCUUCUUUUAUUUUCCCUUUCAUAAAUAUUUCUCUCAUGUUUCAACUUUUAGAACUUUUCCAUUUCUUUAUUUUGUUUUUAAGUUCUUUACAAUUUCCGAUUCUUUUCCAUUUCUCUCUUCUUUUAUUUUCCGCUACAUUACCAUUUAUUUAACCUUUUAUUUUUCAGUUCUUUACCAAUUCUUUUUUUUUUUCUUUACAUUUUCUUUACCAUUUCUUUCAUCUUUUAUUUUUCGGUUCUUUACCAUUUCUUUCUUUCUUUUAUUUCCCGGUUUUUACCAUUUUUUCUUCUUUUAUUUUUCGGCUCUUUACCAUUUUUUUCUUCGUUUAUAUUUUUACCAUUUCUUUCUUCUUUUAUUUUCGGUUUUUUAUCUUUUCUUUCUUUUAUUUUUCAGUUCCGUAUCAUUCCUGCCUUCUAUUAUUCUUCACUUCUUUGUCGUUUCUUUCAUAACUUUGCCAUUUCUUUCUUUUAUUUUUCACUUCUUUACAAUUUCUUUCUUUGAAUUUUUAUUUUUUAACAUUUAUUUCUUUUAUUUCCCGGUUUUUACCAUUGUUUUAUUUUUUGGUUCAUUGCCAAUUUACUUUAUUUUUCAUUUGUUUCUUCUUUACCAUUUCUCUCUCCUUCUAUUUUCUGGUACUUUACCAUUUCUCUCAUUUUUUUUGUCGUUUCUUUACCAUUUCUUUAUUCUUUUGCUUUUCCGUUCUUUACCAUUUUUUUCUUUGAUUUUUCGGUUCUUUACCGUUUCUCUCAUGUUUAUUUUUCGUCACAUUACCCCUUCUUUUACUUUUUGGUUCUUUGCCACAUCUUUCUUCUUUUUGCUUUUCAGUUCUUUACAAUUUCUAUCAUCUUUUAUUUGCCGUUUCUUUGCCAUUUCUUUAUUCUUUAACUUUUCAGUUCUUUACCAUUUUUUUCAUUUAUUUGCCGUUUCUUUACCAUUUCUUUCUCAUUUUAUUUUCCGGUUCUUUACCAUUUCUUUCAUCUUUUAUUUUCCGGUUCUUUACCAUUUCUUUCAUCUUUUAUUUUCCGGUUUUUUACCAUUUCUUUCAUCUUUUAUUUUCCGGUUCUUUACCAUUUCUUUCAUCUUUUAUUUUCCGGUUCUUUACCAUUUCUUUCAUCUUUUAUUUUCUGUUUUUUUACCAUUUCUUUCAUCUUUUCAUUUUCCGGUACAUUACCAUUUUUUCCUUGUUUUAUUUUUCGGUUCUUUACCUUUUCUUUCUUUUAUUUUUCUGUUCUUUCUUUAUAUUUUGUUCGCCAGUUUUUUUUACAAUUAUUUUGUUUUUCUUAUCUUUGUUUCCACUCUUUAUAUUCUCGUCUAUUUCUUUCAAGAGUUGUUCUAUCUUUUCUUUUUGUCCCAAUAG